AGAAAACAUCGGAGACGUUUACCUUUCGUCUCAUCUCUGUGUCUCGUGAUCUCUCAUUUGGUUCCCGCCCACCUGAAAUGUAUUUCUCGACGUCCUCGUCAUCAAAUUUACCAGCCUGGUACUAUUUAAAAGGACCGAGAUUCGGAGGCGAGAGCCCAUUGCCGUUUUGCCAAUUUUCUCCUCCGGUUAGGCAGAACCAACAUUUUACAAAAUUAAAGUUAAAGCCAAGAAAAAAUUAUCGCUGCAAAUUCAAGAUGCCGCAAUUACUACUUCCCAUCAAAAAAGCCCGUGUUCGAACAUCGAGCAACCAGAGCAACAUGGGAACUUGCUUCUCAAACUUGAAGUCAGGAAAAAGUGAGAAUGCAAUCGUUCGAGUUCAACAAGGACUCCUUGAAGGUUUUCGCGUCAAGACCGCAAAAGGUGACCUCUGUGAUGUGUUUCACGGAAUCCCUUACGCAGAACCUCCAGUUGGAGAACUGAGAUUCCAGAAACCUCAGCCACCUAAAGCAUGGGAAGGGAUUCGAAAAUGUAACAAAUACCCGAAUCGAUCGAUUCACAAGGAAAUGCCAUGGGAUAAAGCUUUACCAAGUGCAAAUCAGAGUGAAGAUUGUCUCUACUUGAAUGUGUUUGCUCCAAAGAUCAGAGAAGAUAAGAAAUACCCAGUCUUGUUCUACAUUCAUGGCGGCGGAUAUGUAAUGGAUUCUGCAGAAAGAUAUACUGCCAAGAACAUCUGCAAACUACUUGUCUCGCGGGAAAUCAUUGUGGUGACCUUCCACUAUCGUCUAGGCUUCCUCGGCUUCCUAUCAACCGGAGAUGACGUGUGUCCCGGAAACUAUGGACUUUUUGACAUGCUUGAGGCAAUGAGAUGGGUCCAUGCCAACAUUUCCUCCUUUGGUGGUGAUCCAGAAAAUAUCACACUUUCUGGACAAUCAGCUGGUGCAGCUGCAGCAGAUCUUCUCUCAUUCUCCCCACUCACCAAAGGUCUUUUUAAAAGAAAAAUUGUGAUGGGUGGAAACUCAUAUUGCCACUGGGCAACGACCUCCAAUCAUGAUAUCAGAGAAUAUUGCAAGAAGUGGGCGAAACGACUCGGCUGGAAACCCCAACUAAACUACGCGAACAAACGGGAAGAAAGUGUCGACAUCUUCAAUUUUUUCAAUGGAUUGCCCACUUCAAAACUCGGUAUGACAAUGUUUUUCUCUAACACAAUUUUCAAAGAGUGUCAGCUUCCACUUGCUCCAGUUAUUGAUGGAGAAAUACUCCCACACGACUUGAAAGUUCUCCGAGAAACUCAAGAACAUGUUCCAUCACUUGUUGGUGGCGGAGAGUACGAAGCUCUUCUUUUCUGUGCAAUUGGUUUGCUACGGGGUACAGAGAAAGAAAUUAACAGCGCCAUCGACGUUUUGUCGAGGAAAAACCGAUUAUCCAGAUCAAAAAUCGAAGCGAUGACCGAGAAGGUUUAUGGUGAUUCGCCAGCACUGAGAGCAGACUCGAAAGCCAGAAAAAUGUUCUUUGUGCAGCUUAUCUCCGACAUUUUCGCCAACUAUGGAAACUAUCGGUUUAUGAGAGACUGCCAACAGCGAGGUGUCGAAUGCUAUGGCUAUUCAUUUGACCAUCAAAGUAAACAAAUGUGGGGAUGGCUACAGCACGUGGUUCCAUUUACCGGUGGAACUCAUACCUCUGAACUUUCUUACCUUUUCGACUGCAAUUACAUGUCCGCGCCACUUGGAAUGAACAAAACCGACAAAGUGGUUAGUGGAAUGACCGCCGAUUACUUCACAAACUUCGUCAAGUUUGGAACACCAAACGGUCCGAAUUCCCAAUUACCAAAAUGGGAACGGAUUUCACCAGACGAUGAGCACAUGAAAUUGAUCAGUAUAAAACCAGAACCAGAAAUGAAAACGACAGUUUACGGAUAUCGCAUGCAAAACUUUGAAGAUCAUCUCGGCAUGCUUUAUGAGGAAAAAGACAAAUCUCCGUUCUCUCCCCGUGGAAAUUUCAAACCUUCUAUUGUAUCUUCUGGUAGUGAUAAUAGUUUGCAUAUUAUGGUUAAUUGAUUUCAAUUCUUCCUUAAUUUAACUCUUCAUGUUUUUCAUAUUUUUUCUUGCUCCCUUCCUUGAUUGUCCCGGUCUGCCUAUAGUUUUACACGCUAGCGAUCUCACACUUGAUUCAACAAAGAUUCCCGAUUUCAAUUUUCGUUUCCAUUUUAUAACAUUUUAUCUUUUCAAUAAAAUACAAUGAAUUAAUUCUCAUUAA